AUGUCUAGAAUUAUUGUAAAACAAUUGCCCAAAAAUGUCACAGAGGAUAAAUUGCGUAGCCUUUUCGGUCAAAAGGGUACCAUUACUGAUAUGCAACUUAAAUAUACACCUGAUGGAAAGUUUCGCCAAUUCUGUUUCAUUGGCUAUCAGACGGAAAAUGAGGCAGCGGAGGCCAUUAAAUACUUCAAUAAUUCAACUAUACAAACCAGUCGAAUAAAAGUAGAAUUAUGUGCCAAAUUGGGCGGCGAAGAGAAGCCUCAAUCGUGGAGUAAAUAUGCCAAGGACAAUAAGAAAGAUGCAAUAAAUAAGGAGAAUAAAAACACCAAAGAGGUAAAGGAGAAAGAAGUAAAAACUCCAUCACGAGUUGAUGAGCUCUUAGACAAACACAAAGAUGAUCCCGAGUUCCAGGAAUUCAUGAAAGUCCAUGAAAGAAAUCGUACGCUAUGGGCUAACGAUGCCACCGAAGUGGAGGCACCGAAUGACGCUGUUGCCCCUGUUGAUGCCAGUGAUGAUCAUAGUGAGAAGAAGGAGAUGGAAGACACGGAAAAUGACGAAAGUAAUAGUGCUAACGACCGCGACGAAGACGAGGGGGAAGAAGAGAAAUUAGCGGAAAAGCCCAUAAGCGAUAUGGAAUAUAUGAAGUCAUUAAUGGCCAAGAACAACCAAAGUUCGGCAUCGAAGGCAAAGAAAACGAGUGUUGAUUUAUUCACAAUUAAAAUACACAAUGUGCCGUACCAGACGAAGCGUCAGGACAUAAUCAAAUUCUUUAAACCACUUAAACCCUUCUCAGUGCGUUUGCCAACUAAUGUCCACGGAUUUUGUUAUGUCGGUUUCAAAACCGAGAAGGACAUGAAUAAGGCAAUGCUAAAAAAUAAAAGUUUCAUCAAGGGCAAGCAGGUGUUUUUCUCCGACUUUACCGAAAAGAAUAAAAUCACCAAGGCCAAACAAACUGCGGGGAAAGAUGGAGAACAAAUCAAUCAGGCCGAUGGUGCAGAUAAAAACUCGAAAUGGAAAAAUCAGGAGGCGAGUCUUAACAACGAAGAAGAUAUAUCUGAAUCUGGAAGAAUAUUUUUCCGAAACUUGGCAUACACGGUAACUGAAGAUGACUUGCAAAAAGUGUUUGAGGAAUUUGGUCCCAUUGCUGAGAUACACUUACCUGUCGAUUCUGUAACGCGACAAAUCAAAGGUUUUGGCACUGUCACAUACGUAAUGCCUGAACAUGCUGUUCAAGCCUUCAAUAAAUUAGAUGGAACCACGUUCCACGGUCGUCUGCUUCACUUGAUACCCGGUAAGGGGAAAAAGUCUGAUGAUGAUCAAGAUGAGAAUGAUGCUAACUUGACAUUCAAGCAGAAGAAAGCACUGAAACUAAAGAAGACUGCUCAACAAUCUACAAAUUGGAACACUUUAUUCCUUGGGCCAAAUGCUGUAGCCGAAAUUCUAGCAAAGAAGUUUGAAACAUCAAAACAACGCAUUUUGGACACCGAAGAAGGCGGAUCCAGUGCUGCUGUUCGUAUUGCCUUGGGGGAGACACAAAUUGUCAUAGAAAUGAAGAAAUUUUUAGAAGAUAAUGGCGUUAGAGUUAACGCUUUCGAUUCGGUGAAUGCGAAACGCUCCAAGACCAUAAUACUAGCUAAAAAUUUACCACCCGAUACAACGGUCGCUGAAUUGACACCAAUCUUUGCGAAAUUCGGACCAAUUGGCAGAUUAAUACUACCACCCAGCGGUGUGACAGCUAUCAUUGAAUUCUGUGAUCCAACAGAGGCAAGGCAUGCCUUCAAAAAACUAGCUUAUAGCAAAUUUAAGAAUGUACCGCUAUAUCUGGAAUGGGGUCCUGAGGAUACAUUUACAACCACGCUGAAUGGAGAGCCCUUAAUACCGAAAAUUGAAAGUACAAAUGCCGACAAAGAAGAGGCAUCAGAAGAGAACAUUGAAAAAAGCAAGCAGGCUGAUGAAGAGGCCGUCCUGGAGGAAGACGAGGAAAAUGAAGAUCCUGAACCAAAUACAACCCUAUUCUUAAGAAACCUUAACUUUAAAACCGUGCGGGAAACGGUUUAUAAUCAUUUCAAACGUCUGGGCACAAUACACACAGUGGAAAUAGCUAAACGGAAAGAUCCCGAAAAUCCUUCACAGACGACUUCAUUGGGCUAUGGUUUUAUUCAAUUCAAGAAGGCAUCUGUUGCCGAAUACGCACUGAAAAAUAUGCAAUUUACCACAAUCGAUGGCAAUCAGGUGGAACUUAAACGUAGUGAUCGCAUUCUCAAAACACCAGCCACUCAGGGAGAGCGAAAGAAGGUUCAACUUACGAAACAAACUGGUACCAAGAUAUUGGUACGAAAUAUACCCUUUCAAGCAAAAGUCCGGGAAGUUCGAGAUAUUUUCAAAGCCUUUGGAGAAUUACGAUCAGUGCGAUUGCCCAAAAAAAUGGCGCCUGGAGAAGAAUCACAUCGUGGUUUUGGGUUUGUUGAUUUCGUAACUAAAAGUGAUGCCAAAAAGGCUUUUGAAGCUUUGAGCCAAAGUACUCAUUUAUACGGCCGACGUAUUGUCCUUGAGUGGGCUUCUACAGCCGACGAAGAUGUAGAUGCGCUCCGAAAACGAUCUGCCGCGCAAUUUAAUAGCACAAAUCAGGAUAAAUUUGCAAAACGCAGUAAAAGAGCAGUUUUCGAUGCCAGUGGAAGUUCAAAUGUGACUCAAAACGAUGAUGACAAUUUUAGUGAUUAG